AUGCACUUCUCCAAAGUCUCCCAGCUCAUGGCCUUGUUGGCCAUCGCCGCCCCGGUUCUAGCCGCGCCUCGGGAUCCGUACAACGCCGAGGGCCCUCGUCACCACGUUCCAACCCAACCACCCUCUCCCGUUCAAACUCAAGGCUGCGGAACCGGGGGACAGCACCAGAGGGUCCGCGCCCGGGCGCUAGAGCCCAUCGAUCUCGCCGGUGCCACUGAGCCUGUAAACCCCCCGCCUGUGGCGCUGCUCGGGAAACUCAGGCCCGUGAAGGUCAAGAGCUUCAAGGGCCCGAAGACACCAUCCAGCGAGCCCGAGAUCGCGAAGGUCGGCAGCCCCAAGAGCUUGAAGGGGCCAUCCAGCGAGCCCAAGACGACAACGCAGCAGAACUAG